AUGGAGGAGGCCCAGCUCGGGAGCGCCCCCGUCCACCAGUCGCUCCGGGCAUCCUGGGAGUCCUGGGGGCGCCACCAGGAGCUGCCCCAUGGACCGGGGCCGCUCGCCAGCGGCGCGCGGAACCGCCGCUCCCGGGGGGAGCUCUGCCCAGGCGCGGGGCCGGAGGGCGGGGCGCUCUCUGCGCUCGGCAGCAGCGCGCGGUCCGCCCCGGCGCCCGGCAGCUCCCGUUGGGCAGAGCAGGUCGUGGAUCCGCGGGGCGCGGAGCCGUCCAGGGGGCCAAAGGAGCCGCACGCCGCUGGCACAUGCAGGCCGUGCCACUACUUCAGCUCUCGGGUGGGCUGCGCGAACGGCGCGCAGUGCGGCUUCUGCCACUUCCCGCACGCGACCCAGCGCAGGCCGCGGCCGAGCAAGGCCACAAGGCUGCAUUGCAGGCGGCUGGUGGAGAGGCUGGACGGCGAAGUCGGUGGCGGCCAGAGCGCCGCACGGGAGCUGGUCGACGGCAUCGAGUGCAGCUUGAGGCAGGAGUACACCCUCGCCGUCCUCCGGGCGAGGGGCUGGGCGCAGGCGGGCGACCCGCCGCGGCGCGCCGCCCC